AUGCGUGCCUUCACCGUUGCCGCCAGCGCUGCCUUCGCGCUCUUCUCAGUCGUUGCCGCCGACACUCCAAAGGAAGAUAUCUGGAUCAGCGACUUCCUCGUCCGCAAGUCGUCCACUGAGACUGGCACCGUGAUCAAUCUCGUAGACUUCAAGAUCACCGCGAACGAUGUGACCGACCAGGGCUGCAGCGCCGAGCUUCCUGCUUUCCCCAACCCCACCGAGACUGUCGACUGCGGUUACAGCAAGUACCGUUUCAGCCUGCACAAGGGAACUGGCGACAACGAAUUUGCGCUCCGCAUGUACCACGACUUUGCCCUUACUGGUCUUUACUGGGGCGAGGGAGAUGUCCCUGUUGUUUGCCGCGCUGGUGGCGCUGGACAGGGCGACUAUGUCUGCACUCAAGUUACGCCUGUCGGCAUCUUUGUCUACAGCAAGCCUCCUCCUGCUGAUGCAUAG